AAUUUACCCUCAACUGGGAACCUCUUGUGGCCAGGAUGGGUAAUUCGAUGGAAGUGUCACAAGGUUCUUUCAGGAUCGACUCCAAGAGGUGUUCUCAGGACUGACACACAUUGUGUCCAUGGGAAAAUAUCCAAGUCAGGAGAAAAAGUGUGCACCAAAGGAGAUUCGAACCAGUAUCCUGCCGCUGACGCCACAUGCGAAGGUGUACCGAUUCAGGCACGCUCUCCGGCACAAGGAAACGUUGACGCUGGACGAUGUGCUGAAGGAGGUCGCGAUCGAGUACAAGGCGAUCCGGGAGAAGUGGAGAAGGGGAAAGGCAAAGGCGACACCGCUGGUAGAGGCGCCGGCGGUACCCGGCAACAGGAUCCAAUGGGACGAUAGUGGAGGUAGCGUCCCCCGGUCGCCCCAUUCGGGAGGGGGCGACUUCCGUGCUGAUGAUGACUUCAACAACCCCACAGCCAGCAGCAGCAGCAGCAACAGCCCCGACGACGACGGUGGUGGCGGCAACAGCUGCCCCGGUGACGCCGGCGGCAGCGAGCCUGGCGACCCUGAUAAAGACGGUGGUGGCGGCAGGGAACCCGGCGAAGACUCCGAGAACCUCGAGGAGUACAAGUUCGAUCCCGCCGACAGCUGCUACCCGCCGGAAAUAGAAGGGAAUAUACUUCUGUGGGGAACCUCGAGUGCAGGACAGCUCCGCCACGCGCUCGAGCGCGGCGGCACGCGGAAGCAGACCCGGGAGCUGCAGGGUUCUGAGGAGGCGCCGAACCCCGAGGAGGCGUUGCUGGCGACCGCCCUGGAGACAGGGCGUAGAUCGUCGGGGACAGCGUUUGCGAAUCGCUGGCGCGAGAUGCAGAACGUGCUCCAGUCCAACGACCCAGAACAGCAAGCGUUCGAUGCCGAGGUCGAGGACCACGGGUUCCCCUGA